CCUUUUUUUUCUGUUUUCCCGUAUCCGCCAUUUCAGUUUUUGAACUUAGUUGUCAUCGACCGUUGUAGUAUAUUUGUAAUUCUGACCCUUAAACUUGUGAUAUUCCUAAUAGUUGAAUAAGAGUGUUACUGUUAAGGCACUAAGAAUCCUUCUGUUUUCGCCGCUGAGGUUUGGUGGCGGUGAAUUGAUGUGCAAACAGCCGGCUACGGAUGUCGUCUGUUUACAAAACGUGCUCGAGGCGCUAAAGUUUUGUAUGAGUUGAAAAGCUUUGCGUGCGGAUCGCGGGAGGGAGAGCAGGGAAGACCCGGCGACGCUUCGGCUUCGAAGUGCUUAUCAUGGCUGGCAAUUUUGACGCGGAGGACCGCGCCAGUUGGUACUGGGGUCGUUUGAGCAGGCAGGAGGCUGUGUCGCUGUUGCAGGGGCAGAGGCACGGUGUGUUCCUGGUGCGGGACUCCAUCACCAGCCCCGGCGACUACGUGCUCUCGGUCUCGGAGAAUUCCAAGGUCUCGCAUUAUAUCAUCAACAGCAUCAGCAAUAACCGGCAAUCCGGUCCAGCAAGUUUGUCGCAUCCAAGGUUUCGUAUCGGUGACCAGGAGUUUGAGGCACUUCCUGCUUUGCUAGAGUUCUACAAAAUCCACUACUUGGACACUACCACCCUAAUAGAACCAAUCAACAAGUCCAAACACACAUCCUUUAUCAGCGUCGGCCCUGGUGGUCCACCCCCACCUCGCCUGGAGGAUGAGUACGUCAGAGCACUCUUUGAUUUUCCCGGCAAUGACGAUGAGGAUCUCCCAUUUCGGAAGGGUGAUAUCCUUCGCGUUCUUCAGAAGCCCGAAGAACAGUGGUGGAACGCUCAGAACUCUGAAGGCGAAGCGGGAAUGAUCCCGGUGCCAUACGUGGAGAAGUACCGUCCGACAUCUCCGAGCUUGGCGGUUACUUCCGGUGUACCCGCAGCGUGCCCGCCAAGAGGAAUGGCCGUGUUAGGGAACUCUGACGGAUCUACAACCCAACCCGGUGCACCACUAAUGGGAGAUCCUAGCCAGUAUGCCCAACCCACCCCCCUCCCAAAUCUCCAGAAUGGACCGGUCUUUGCCAGGGCCAUACAGAAGAGAGUUCCCAAUGCAUAUGAUAAGACCGCCCUGGCUUUGGAGGUGGGCGACAUGGUGAAAGUGACUAAAAUAAACGUGAAUGGCCAGUGGGAGGGUGAAUGCAAAGGCAAACGUGGCCACUUUCCCUUCACACACGUCAAACUGCUGGACCAGCACAACGCCGAGGAUGAACUCAGCUGAGAGUGGACUGGCGGGUGCAAACUGGACACUACUGUUAGAGCCCUGCCUCACACCCCGCUGCUCCUCUGCGCCUUUAGCCAACACCUCACGUCUGCUCUGCCUGCACCAAGUAAAGAUUCUCACAGUCACUCUGAAACCCACCAGAUGCCACUGCAUAUAUCUAACAGCCCUUCACCUCUUCUUGCGAGGACUGAGGGUGUAUUCACACCUGCGUUGUUUGUUCCGCUUUAAACACAUCAGGGUUUGCUUCCCGCGCUGGUUCGAACCUUUCAUGAAUGCACACAAAUAAAUCCUGAUGCGUACCCAACAAUUAAGUAGUUCUCGGUGAGGUUUUGGUGCGGACCAGAGGACCUUUCUGGUGUGAAUACAACCUGGGUCAAUGCAAAACAAAAGACGGGCUGUAAUGAUUUUGCUACAUUUUAUCCUCACCAUAGUAACACAUGGUUAUCGCGCCUCUCACACCUCAGCACAACUCGCUCAUUUCCUCAUCCUGGGUUUGAGCAUGUAGAUACAAACUACAGGUAAAGACAUUUAUGAAGUCACGAGUUCCAAAGAAAGUGUUAAAUUUAUUUUGAGAUCCAGAAUCCCCUCGUCCUCCCUCACUUUUGUUAACACUGGGAGUAGUGAAUGAUGUGGGAAAACAUUUCAUCCUUGAGCAGCAGUUGAGUGUCCAUGAAGGUGAACAAUUAUGUGAUUGGAAUUAACAUUGUUCAGCAGAGAUCUGCUGUGCUGCGCUGACUGAUAUUCUUGCUACUAUUAACUUCACAGUAUUCAGAGAGCAGCAUGAGCCGAGCACAGCUCUGGUUUGCAGGUUGGUUAUUAAUCGUCACAAACUUUGUGAGCCUUCCUGUCGUGUUAGCUGGCUAUGAUUUACCGAGCUAACUUUAGCUGCCUGUUGACCUACUGAAGUGUCAUGUUUAACAAGGGCUCAGGUCAAAUGUGCCCAAAUGAUGGAAGAAUUCAAUCUGUCAUUAUUUGAAUUGAAUCUGUCAAAAAAAAGUAAGUCUAGUUAACAAUGUGAAGGAUUUUGGGUCGUGGAAUGAUUUGAUUUAGUGCACUGUGAAAAUUCCAAAUGAUGUAAGUCAGUGUCACCGGUCAACUUGAACUUUAGCACCGGGAUGGACCAGUUUGGGAUGUACCCCACCUCUCGUCCAAAGUUAGCUAAGUCAGGCUACAGUAUGUUCUCGACCUUAAUGAGAAGAAAACAUUGUCAAACUUUAACAUCUCCCCAAUUUUAUCACUUCAUGCCACAGUGUUAAAUACAUUAGUUUUGCCUUCCUUGGCCCAACUCAGUCCUACUUACGGUUUUUAUAUUUGUUUGUUGUUUGAAAUAUUUUACCAAAAUCUACCGAAAUCAUGACCAUUGAUGAAUGAUUAUUUUGCCCACCUGUACUGCUCACCGAUGUGCCCACAUGUGACUAUGAUGAGAUGAUCAACAACAUCUGUAUUUUCAACCGAAGGGUGCAUAGUCCCUCGGAAGCACGUCCCACUACCACC